CCACCACCCGUGUUUGUCCUGGAGAAGACUCCAGUCCAGUUCCACUUCUGGUAUUCCUCCAAUCCUUAUCUUGCCGAACAGAGUCGUUUCCGCUUCCUUUACUCCCCGAAUUGGGUCUCUGCAAGAUCCGACGAGAGAGCACAAGCGAGGCGUCUCAGCUCAACUCAAGUGAAGUUUCAGUGAUCUAACCACCGACCUUGAUUCCUCCCAAGAGGAAGGAGCGAUGAAGUCUUCAAGGCCCUGUCAGUGUUUGAGUAGCAAUUGCAUUUCACUGUGAAGAGAUCACUCACAGCUGCGUCCAGUACCUGGAGGCCGUUCCUUGGGACGACAAAGAAGAAGAAGAGAUAAUGGAAGCUGCGUCAAAGCUUGGUCCGGUCGCCCUGCCCAUAUUAGCCAGGAUUCAGCCAGUUGACUUUACCAUUGCUAAAAGUGUUUUUGUUUCUGCAUUUCGUUUUGCCACAUCCACUGCUGGACCCUGUCCACCAUUUGGAGAGGAGCUCAAAAGUUCAGCCCAAGAGCAAAUAGAAUUCAUGCUACGGGAAGAUCAGGACAUGCCAUUAAUCACUGUUGAUGAUGAAGUGAAAUCUGUAGUUAAAAAGGGCCUUUCUUUUAUGUUCUCCUCAUUUGAAAGCAAGUUGUCCUCCUUGCUUAAUGAGUCAGAUCUUGCUUCCAAGACAGAAGAGGUUGAUAUAUUGCAGGGUUUAAGUGAUCUUGAUUGGAUGAGUAACGUAUUGCCGAAAAUGGAACUAAUGAAGGAUUUUGUCUCAACGUGGGCAGAAACCUCUGAGAACAUUUUGGGAAUCGUCGAAGACCAGAAGCUCAAGUCUGUCAUGUGGGGAUUGAAGCUAAAGCUAAUAGAAGUGUGUGGGAAAGUCUUAGAAGCGGUCGGGUAUGGAAACGUGAUCCUUCCAGCUGAUUUUCGGGUGCAUAUACUUAAACUGUGGCUCCCUUAUAUAAGAAAAAUGAAACCUCUUCUAGAUUCAAAGAGCGAUGAGGAGGCCAGUUUUCCUUAUAAAAUGGAUGAAGACUUGUGUCAGAGCAUCGAAGGUGCCAUCGUCUCGUUCGUAUUAGCACUGCCAUCGAAUGAUCAAGCUGAUAUCCUGGCAGAUUGGAUGAAAGCCGAGCAGGCGAGGUAUCCCGACCUAACCGAGGCCUUCGAAGUAUGGUGCUAUAGGACGAAAUCUGCAAAGAGGCGGUUGACAGAGGCAGUGGACAAGGUUGAUAAUGCCCCUAUCAGCUUGUGAUCUGUUAUGCUGCUGUUUUGACCAGUUCUAAUCGAGUAGAUCAAGCUUGAAGGUCCAGUGGGUGCGUCUAGCUCUAAUGGAGUUGGUUCUCCCCUUUUUUCACAGGCGUUUCUCACCUCCACGAAGAGCACUUUCGUAAUGAAGUUCCAACCCAUGAGAUGAAUAGGAUACAACAGAAAGUGGCUGUGCGUAAUCAUGCGAAUUGCUUGAUCUUGCCAAAGUUGCCCUCAGGAGAACUAGCUAGCGAAGUAUAUAUACCUGGUGCCUUAUAUUAAGUUUCUUGUGGGAUUAUUCAGCUAGUUUUAAUCUAAUAACUGCAGGGAGUGUACCAUUAAGUUGUGGUUGCUCCAUUGCAAUCUGACGUCUCAAGGAAGCAAAACAUUUAGCAUGGUGUCCUGACACAUCAGUUGUACCGUACUUCUGUUGGUGCCUGUUUCAACAAGACAAUAUUGAUCGUCCGGUAAGAUGCAGCUACUUGUAUUGUAUCACAGACACGAUUGAAUUUGAUUUUCCUUUCCCAGCGAUAAGAAGCCUAUUGCUGAAGAAAAAAAAACUUGUGCACUAGCUCAUUGUAAACCUGCCUUUCCUGCAAUUGUACGAGCUAAAUUUCUUUGA